AUGGCGACCGUACAGUCGAGAGUCAAGUUGAAGGGUCCCUUACUGAAGCCGAAAAUCUCUUCCAAUGCCAUGGAAUCAAGCCACGCUACAAACACUAUCCACUUCGCUAAACAACAACCUCCAUCUCACUCCCAGCGAGUGAUCGUCCUUGACUUCAGCAUCACUCCUGAACCUUUCCUAGACUCCGUCGGCUUGGAAAAUAUCAGAAAGCGACAGCAGAUGGAACAAAGGCUAUCGUCGGGCUCAGCCCAAUGA